AUGCCAAACCCAGUGCGGCAUGGGAACAAGAAGGACAGCGGUGGGUCAGCUUCUACCAUGCCGGAGAGCAGUGGAAGUGUCAACAAUAAAGACCGUCAACGGAUCAGCUCGAAACACAAAAGGCAUAAGUCGAAACACCUCAGAGAAUCUUCUGUCCCGGAGCCUCAGACCUUGAGCACCUUGAAGCUGGUGGAAUAUGACGACAUCAGCUCCGACUCUGACACUUUCUCCGAUGUCCCAGCCAAGCAAGAGAGGAGGGAAAAUGACGAGCGGCGCCCUUCUGAGAAAAGUGAUAAAAUGCACAAAUCUCGCCAUCGCCACCAACACAAACGGCUCAAAGAAGCUACCAGGACCAAGCAAGUAGAGAAGGAGAGGAAGCCGGAAAAAACUCAAGAGGUAAUGGUUAACAAGGUGCCCAGUAGUAAAGACAAGAUCAUUAGCUCAGCUAAAAGGACUGCAGAUGAGCAAGAGGAGCACGGGCGAACGUCUAAGAGCAGUAGUAAAGACUCACGGUCUAAGAUGCACAAGGACAAAUCGAGAAGGGAAAGGGAGAUGAAAUCCGGACAUAAGGAGAGGAGCAAAAGUCACAGGAAAAGGGAUUCUUCCAAACGCUAUAAAACCUCGGAUAGCCCUAAGCGGAAAGGUCGGAGCCCUCGCAGGAAGUAUGGCGGCAGCCCGAAACAGGACGACAGCCACUCUGAGGGAUCUUGUGGCCAAGACUAUGAUGACAGCCCUUCACGCGUGCACGCUUCUGGUAACUUCAAUGAGACUUAUAGGAAAAACAUGGACAGUCCCAGUUACAAGGAGCCCGCGGCUUACCAAAGCAGCGCGCGCUCUCCAAGUCCUUACAGCCGAAAGCAGCGUUCUGUUAGCCCCUACAGAAGGAGGUCAUCUAGUUAUGAAAGAGGUAGUGGAUCUUACAGUGGGAGGUCUCCAAGCCCUUAUGUGCGAAGGAGGUCCAGCAGUCCGUUUGUGUCUAGGCGCUCACUGAGUCGGAGCCCGGCGCCCAGGAAGUCUGCCAAGUCUAGAAGCAGGAGUCCCUUGUAUCCCAGAAAGUCAUCUUCAUCAUCUCGCAGUAAGAAGCAAAAAUCCCAGUCAAGAAGUCGCCAUUCCAGUAUUUCGCCUGCCAGGCUACCGUUAAACUCCAGCCUUGGAGCCGAGCUCAGUCGCAAGAAGAAGGAGAUAGCAGCUGCAGCGGCGGCAGCUGGUAGAGAAUCAAAGGGCAGCCCUUUGAUUUUGAAAAAAGAGAGUGGAGAUUCUAGAGUUGCCUCUGCAUUGGACCUCAAAAAGGCAACCAAAGUUCUCAAGUUGGAAAAACCUGUUUCUGAGCCGGAAAUGGUGACUGCAACCAGUUCAGAAACCAAGACUAUUUCUGCCAAAAAAGAGGAGAGUGAAAAGAAGCCCCAGGUACAGGCUAAAGAUCCUAAAAUUUCAGGAUUAAAGGACUGCAAACCAGCAGCAAUCAAGGAGGAAGUAUUGACGCCGAAAGAAGGAGUGACAGACAGAGAUAAAGAUGUACCUCCUCUUCCUCCUAUACUGUCACCUCCUCCACCUUUACCAACAUCCCCUCCUUCAAAUAUUCCCCCACUGCCUCCUCUUCCGCCAUCCCCAGCUGUCCUGCAACAGCCGCCUCCACCCCUACCACCUCCACCUACACUAACAUUCCUGCCCCUUCCUACUACAGUGGCUGCCUCUUUGACAUCCUCUCAUUAUGUACGGCAGUCAUCUUUGUCCACUCAGGCAAAUUCCCAGCUCCCAGUUCCUUCACCUGCCAAGCCACAACCACCUCUAAUUCAUAUGGUCCCUCACAUGAAGACAUCAACGCUGCCUCCGUUGCCGCUUCCACCGCUGCUGCUAGGAGAGGAUGACAUUGAAAGCCCUAAGGAGAUCCCUCCUCCCAAAAGUGUUAAGAAGGAAAAAGAUAAGGAUAGACCACGACAUCUCUUAACUGACCUUCCUCUGCCUCCUGAGCUUCCAGGAGGUGAUCCAUCACCUCCAGAUUCACCAGAAAGGAAAGUGGUCGCACCUCCUCAACCGCCUUUAAAGAAGAGACCAAAAAUCUGUUGCCCCCGUUACGGCGAGAGAAAGCAGACAGAAACUGACUGGGGAAAGAGAUGUGUGGACAAGUUUGACAUUAUCGGGAUAAUUGGAGAAGGAACCUAUGGGCAGGUUUACAAAGCCAAGGACAAGGAUACAGGAGAACUUGUGGCCUUAAAGAAAGUUCGUCUAGAUAAUGAAAAAGAAGGCUUCCCCAUAACUGCCAUCCGGGAAAUAAAAAUCCUGCGGCAGCUCAUUCACAAGAGUGUGGUCAACAUGAAGGAGAUUGUAACGGAUAAACAGGAUGCAUUGGACUUCAAGAAAGACAAAGGUGCCUUUUAUUUGGUGUUUGAAUAUAUGGACCAUGACCUGAUGGGACUGCUGGAAUCAGGACUGGUGCAGUUUUCAGAAGACCACAUCAAAUCUUUUAUGAAACAGCUGAUGGAAGGGCUGGAAUAUUGCCACAAAAAGAACUUCCUUCACAGAGAUAUCAAAUGCUCUAACAUUUUGUUAAACAAUAGUGGUCAGAUCAAGCUAGCUGAUUUUGGAUUGGCACGCCUUUAUAGCUCAGAGGAGAGCCGUCCAUACACCAAUAAAGUGAUUACACUGUGGUACAGACCUCCAGAGCUGCUUUUAGGAGAAGAGCGCUACACUCCUGCUAUAGAUGUGUGGAGCUGUGGGUGCAUCCUCGGGGAACUUUUUACUAAAAAGCCCAUCUUCCAAGCCAAUCAGGAGUUGGCUCAGCUGGAACUGAUUAGCCGACUGUGUGGCAGCCCCUGUCCAGCCGUUUGGCCGGAUGUUAUCAAACUACCAUACUUCAAUACUAUGAAACCGAAGAAGCAGUACAGACGGAGGUUACGGGAAGAGUUUUCCUUUGUUCCUACACCUGCUUUGGAUCUGUUGGACCAUAUGCUUACACUGGACCCCAGCAAACGUUGCACUGCUGAGCAGACUCUACAGAGUGAUUUCUUGAAGGAUGUAGAUGUCUGCAAGAUGGCUACUCCAGACCUUCCUCACUGGCAGGACUGUCAUGAGCUGUGGAGUAAAAAACGAAGAAGACAAAGACAGAGUGGCAUCGUCCUUGAGGAACCCCCAGCGAUUAAGGCCCCUCGAAAAGAGAGUGUAUCUGUCCCAGGUGGAGAUGCCAUGAAAAACAGCAGCCCAGCACCAACGCAGCCAGUAAAAACAGAGUCCAGUGUUAGCGACUUAGCGGUUUUAGGGGAUAUCACCCAGCAGCUGAAUCAGAGUGAGCUGGCCGUCCUGCUGAAUCUUCUUCAGAGCCAGACAGACCUCAGUGUUUCCCAGAUAUCUCAACUGUUAAAUGUCCAGGCCAAUCCAGACAUGCAGCUGCAGCUGGAGGCCCUCAACCAGUCUAUCACAGCCUUGACUGGUGCUGCCGUUCCUCCCCAAGAGGUGGAGCCACCCAAAGAGACCCCUACCCUGGACCAAGUGGACCCUCUGGGGGCAGGAACUCAGGGAGAGGUGCAGAAUGUUCUAGCCGUCCUACUGAGCCAACUCCUCAAGCCCCAGGAAGUCGUGGAUGCACCUGGAGAAAGCAAUGGAGAGCAGAGUGGAAGCAACCCCACAGCACACAUCACUCUUGAGGAGGAGGAGGAACCAGAUAAACACCACGAGCAAAACGAAGAGGAGGAGGAAGACGCAGAUGGUGUCAAACGGAGUAACCCUCCCACAGCUUGUCACCCUCGUAUCCUGCCUCCGGAGAAGAGACCCCCAGAGCCUCCCGGGCCCCCUCCUCCCCCUCCACCCCUUACCGAAAGCGACAACCAAGAUGUGAUCCCAGCAGUGACCGCGGUUCUUCUACAGCUUUUCUCGAAUCCAGAGGUAGAAGCUUCCUCCGUUAAAGGUGGUAGAGAAAGACAGGCCCUCCGGCCUCCCUCAGAGUUAUCACAGACUUUGUCCUCCAGGACUUACAGCGCUGAGGGCGCAGAGGAAAACGCAAACGCGGACUUGGAUGAAAGAGACUCUGGGCAACUGCUAGGGGAAUGUUCACCACAAACUUUACGAAAAAGCAGGACAUUCCCAGGGCAGCUGGGGGAAUCAAGUGGUUACCAGGGAACAGGAUCGGUGCAGUUCCCAGGGGACCAAGACCUCAGGUUCACCAGGAUCCCUCUAGGGAUGCACUCUGGCGCAGUGCCUCCACCUGGACAACUAGAGGGGAGCAGUAACAGCUCUCACCUCUAUCAAGAAGCCAAAAUCCCAAACUACAGUGAGUUGGGGUCAGGGACCACAGCGGCAGGGACAAACCAGGCUUGGGCUGCCCCAUCUCCGGCUUUCGGCAAGGUAUACAGGGCUCCCACCCGGGCCCCUCCGAGAGGAGGCCGAGGAAGAGGUGUCCCUUACUGAGACUGCCUACUAUGAGCUAGGCUGGGCAAAAUUGUGUUUGAUGGGAGCUGCGACGGCAUGUAUCUCCCAGAGGUGUCCUUCCACAUAGCAGAAAGUUUGGUGAAUGGGUCAAGCUUGAAAAUUCUGCAGUCCCGAGGGGUGGGCUACUCUACUGAUGGCCUCAUUGCAGCUCACACACAUCCAAUCCAAUCGUCUCUGCAGGAUGUUUGGCAACCUAGACUGAAUUUUUGAAUUAUUUUGCUCCACUUUUUUUCUUCCCACACUUUCCUUAAGGACCUGUAAGUCCGCUUUCUGCUUCUCAUGACGGUUAAUGCAAACUGACUUCUAAAUGAAUUUGCCAUUAAAAUCGCCUCUUCUGGCGCCAUUCUAGGCCUGAAAGUGCUAUUGAAUUUGGCUGAAGGUCUUUUUUGGUGACAGAAGUGAUUUCAUACGGUCCCAUCGAAUUUGAAAUUCAGAGGGAAACGCACAGGAAUUCAGCUGGCUGUGCAGAAUCUUAUUUCCCAAGCAAAUAUGUGUUUCUUUUUGGGUCAAAACUGCUGGAAUAUAUCUAUUUAUCUGUCCCUAACCUUUACUCUAUCUUUUUUUUUUUUCUCCUUUUCAUUUCCUGCUUCACUUCUCCAAUACAUCCUUUGACCUUGAAGAAAUUUCAGAGCAGAAUAUCCCAAAGGACUGACAAUGAUGUAUUCUGCCAUUUGUGUUUAUAUAAAUAUAUAUAUUAUAUAUACAUUUUUUUAGGGCCAAACCAGGCCAAUGGAAAAACUUGUUUUUUUUUUUUUCUGUUAGUUUUGUUCCUUUUUUUCUCACUGUUUUGGCACCCUGAAAAUUGGACCUUUUUUUAAAAAGUUGUUGAAGGGCCUAAACAAAUAAACAGGAAUUAAAAAAAAAAAAAAAGCUGUAAUUUACAUGGUUUUUCAGUGUUUACAGACAAGGGCUUAAGCUGCCCAUACACGGGCAGAUCUGUUCGCUUGGCGAUGUCGCCAAGCGAGCGGAUCGUCACCCGAUAUCCCUACCUACGGGUGGGCGAUAUCGGGUAACAUGUAGGCUUCUAAAUGGCGGCAAUGGGGCAGUCGGUUCGGGGACCGCAUUAACGAGCUGAUGCGGUCCCCGAUCCGACUGAAUUUUCUAACCUGGCAGAUCGAUAUCUGGCCAAUUUCAGGCCAGAUAUCGGACGGGCAGGCCCCUCGUUUCUGCCCCUAUCGGCCCGUGUAUGGGGACCUUUACAGUGAAUGGAAAAUAAUAGUAUUCCUUUCUUAAAUUAACAGUAAUGCCUGUUUGACCUUGGCACCCAAAAUACCCAUCUCUCAGAGGCUCCAGAAUAACCGCUGGCAGUAAAUGGGUGUGGGAAGCCUGCGUACUCUGAAGGAAUGGCUGAAAUCAGUAAUUGGUUGUGUUAUCGGCUCAUCCUGCAGCAUUUGGGAGCUUUGAGUUCUGAGAUCUGCUGAGCAAAGAGAAGCCACAGGGACACCUUUUGAACAGACUGAUAUUACGGUAAUUUAAAACUGUUAACAGACCAGGUUUAACGCGGCAUGAAUAAAUCUUCGUUCGUCA